AGGGAGUCACCCAGCUCUCAGUUCUGCCAUCUCUCUCUCUCUCUCUCAACCUAUGUGAUACUGAGCUAUGACGAGUCUCAGGGAGCAGGUAGUUUAUGGUGAUGGGUUCUGAGGAGAUGGAGCAGGAGAGAGGAAGAGCGGUCGUGGAGGAGACCACCCACCUUCCCUCCUCUACUCUUUCUCUCACACCCACACAACUGCUUCCUCGGCCGGUGAUGAUGAGAGUCAUCCACACUCGCCUCCCUUAGAAGAAGAAGAACAACAACAACAACGCUUGUCUGAGCGUGAGACAUACAGUGCCUUCGUUUUCUGCGUUCCGCAUCACUACCUCUGGCUUUUGCAUCCUUCUACAAGACCAGACAUGAAGAGAACGCUCGGUACCUCAGAUAAUUCUCUGAUCCACAACUGCUCCUCCGCAGGAGAAGACCAGGAAGACGUGUAUGGCGGAGACUUCCAACCGAUCAUGGAAGGGCUGGACGAAGACGACGGCGGCGGCGACGAGGAGCUGUGUGCCGCGACGACGGCAGGGGGAGGAGCGAAGAAGCGCCGGCUGAGCACGGAGCAGGUCAGAGCUCUGGAGAAGAACUUCGAGGUGGAGAACAAAUUGGAACCGGAGCGCAAGGUGCGGCUGGCCAAGGAGCUCGGCCUUCAGCCCCGGCAGGUGGCCGUCUGGUUCCAGAACCGCCGAGCCCGGUGGAAGACCAAGCAGCUGGAGCACGACUACGCCGCCCUCAGGACCAGCUACGACGCGCUCCGCCUCGACUUCGACUCCCUCCACCGCGACAAGGAAUCGUUGCUCUCGCAGAUAGAUGAUCUGAAGGCGAAGUUGGCCGAAACCGAGGGCUUGAGCUUGAGCUUCUCUUCCUCGGCGAAAGAAGGGCCGGCGGUCCCCGAAACCGCAGCCAAAGCCCCGGAAUCGGAGGACCCACCGGCUGCGAUCUGCAAGGACGGAUCGUCGUCCAGCGACUCGAGCGCCGUCGUGAACGACGCAGCCAUAGCCAACGACGAGAACAGCCCUCAGUUGACCACAGCCUCCGAUAUGUUUUCGGCAGCGACGGCAGGGGCGUCCGGGGAACUCGGCAGCGAUUCGUCCAUGUUGCUGAAUUCGGACUCGAGGCCGAGGUUCUUCUGUCAGCACCACGAGGUCUUGAAGAUGGAAGAGGAAGAGCUCCUCUGUGAGCCCUGCUGCAGCUUCUUCUCCGACGAGCAAGCGGCGACGCUCAACUGGUACUACUCCGACCAUUGGAACUGAGACUCUCGAGUGUGUGUAGGGGGGGGAGGAGCCGAGAAUAAUAUCCAAAAAUUGGAGGGUCUUUUCAUAAAAGUUUUGUUAAAUACGAUUGUAUGUACCACUCGCUUCAAAUAUUAUAUUUUGUAGAGCCAAAACAAAACAAAACAAAAUCUUUGAGCCCUAAGAA